GCCUCAGUCUCACUCCAGUCCCCGAGCGCACCUCCUCAUCCUCCUCCUCCUCCUCCUCUUCCUCAUCUGAACUGCAGAACACGCGACUGAUCCUCGAGGCAUUUUUUUUACCUUUUUAUAUUUUUUAUAUAUUUCAGUUUUUCUCCUCACUUUUGGUUUCGUCCACGUGACGCACGCGCUCUCUCUCCGCCUCCAAUUUGGACCGGUGUUGGAUUUUAACGCACUCAUUGAUUAACCCCCCCUGGCCCCCCACCUCUGGUUGGAUUCUGCCCAUGGACGCUCUGAGCCCACGAGCCAUGGCGCGUGUGUUCCUGCCGGGUCUCCUGCUGCUCGUGUCGGCGCAGUCGGCGCUCUCCUCCGGGGUCUUCGAGCUGAAGAUCGACUCCUUCAGCAGCUCCCGCGGCGUCUGUCGCCACCCGUCCCGCGACUGCCACAUCUUUUUCCGCGUGUGUCUCAAGCAUUCGCAGGACGUCAUCGACCCGGAGCCGCCGUGCACGUACGGCACCGCGCUCACCGAGAUCCUCGACUCCAACUCCAACUCCGUCUCCGAGAGCGCGCCCAUCAGGGUGCCCUUCCUCUUCAAGUGGCCGGGAACUUUCUCUCUGAUCAUCGAAGCCUGGAACGCGGAGUCUUCAGGUCUCGAGUCCACAGAGAACCAGAACAAUCUGAUCAGCCGCCUGGCGACGCGGCGCCGGCUCGCCGUCGGAGAUGAGUGGUCCCAGGACGUGCACUUUGGGAACCAGAGCGAGCUCCGCUACUCGUACCACGUGCUGUGCAACGAGCACUACCACGGAGAGGCGUGCUCCGCCUACUGCCGGCCGCGCAACGACACCUUCGGCCACUACGCCUGCGACGAGAGGGGGAGCCGCCGCUGCCUGGACGGAUGGAGCGGCGAGUACUGCGCCAUCCCCAUCUGUGCAGCCGGGUGCAGUAAGAACGGUUUCUGCGACUCGCCCGGGGGCUGCGUGUGCCGGCAGGGCUGGCAGGGCGAGCGCUGCGACGAGUGCGCCCGACACCCGGGCUGCCUCCACGGGACCUGCCAGCAGCCCUGGCAGUGCAACUGCAAGGAGGGCUGGGGAGGGCUGUUCUGUGACGAAGACCUGAACUACUGCACCAACCACAAGCCGUGCCAGAACGACGCCUCCUGCACCAACACCGGUCAGGGCAGCUACACCUGCGCCUGCCGACCUGGGUUCACCGGCCAGAACUGCGAGAUCGAGACCAACGAGUGCGACAGCAAUCCCUGCAAGAACGGCGGCAGCUGCAAAGAUCUGGUGAGCGACUACUCGUGCGCGUGUCCCCAGGGCUUCUACGGGAAGAACUGCGAGAUCAGCGCCAUGACGUGCGCAGACGGGCCGUGCUUUAACGGCGGCACCUGCGUGGAAAACGUCGCCGGCGGGUACAGCUGCCGCUGCCCGGCCGGCUACACCGGCUCCAACUGCGAGAAGAGGAUGGACCGGUGCAGCAGCGACCCCUGCGCUAAUGGUGCUCAGUGUCUGGACCUCGGCCACCGCGUCAUGUGCCGCUGCCGGCCCGGCUUCACCGGAACUCAAUGCGAGACCAACAAAGACGACUGCGCCGGCAACCCGUGCCGCAACGCCGGCACCUGCGUCGACGGCAUCAACGACUUCACCUGCACGUGCACACUCGGCUUCACGAGUAAGGACUGCUCCGUGCGCUCCAGCCCCUGCGACCAGUUCCCCUGUGACAACGGCGGCACGUGUUACACCCACUUCAGUGGCCCCGUGUGUCAGUGUCCACCGGGCUUCAUGGGCGCACGGUGUGAAUACCCUGUGAAGAGCACAGCGACCACAAAACCGCCCAUGAAGGGUGAUUCCCCUCCUGCUCUUAUCGCCGCCGUGGCCCUCGGCCUGGUGACGCUGGCGCUGCUGCUGUGCGCCGCCAUCCACAUUCUGCGGCAGCUCCACCGGGGCAGGGCGCUAGCCAUUUCCACAUCGGUGAAGAACGACCUGGAGGCAGUGAACAACCGCAGUGCGGUGAUCGGCGGCGGCGGACACAAUAACGGGAGCUUACCGGGAGCGCCGUUGGGUAGCUUGAGGGAGAAGGAGGCCUUCCUCAUCCCUGGAGGGCAACUUAAAGUGUCCAACAAGGACGCGGCGCUGGUGGAGAAGGGCAGCGACAACAUGGCCAUGUUUAAAAACAAGAUGGCCGACUAUAACCUGGCGAAUGAGGAGCAGCGCCUGGCAAAGAGCAAGUUUGACCUUAAGAGGUGUGACUCGUCCAUCAUCGUGCCUCCUCUGGCCUUUGCGAAGGACAGCCUGUAUCACCCAGUGUUCAUCAUUCCUGAGCAGAUGGAGCAGUGUGUGUUUGCUACUGAGGUGUAACCGGCAGUCCAGCAGCUGAGCAACAUUCACGCUGAGCUCCGAUGCCUUCACUGUCCAGGACAGUUCACCCAGAGGGGCUACGGUUCUCACUUUAUGUUAUUUAAUAUUUAUUACCACUUCUCGGUGGAAAAACAAAAAGAAAGGACUUGUUUUUAAAAAAAUAUAUCUUUUCUACUUUGAAACGGACGACAAAGUUUCGGAAAGGAAAGAAAGCGCAGCGAAGGAGGAGAGAAAAGAGGAAAGACUGAAUGUCCGGCGUCAUUUGCACUAUUUAUCUUUUUUUAUAUACCUUAAAUCUUAAUAUAAUUUUUUUUCUGUCUGUAUAUCUGAAUUUUCUUUGGAUGAAACGUGAACGCGAGAUGUUGAAGAGUUGGACUUGUCCGCCAAUCAAACCUGAGAGACAGGUGCCUUACCCGUGCUUCCCUAAUCACCGUGGCAACCAUUCUCUGUACAAUUUCGAAAAAGAAUUGUGUGUCAAUCAAAUCGUGGAAGGAGCCGCUCACGGGCACGGAGGUCGGAGAACCGAUACUUUUCCCUCAGAGGAACUUCCGUCUGAGAUGAACUGGACAAUUUGUAUUUUUUAAUUUUUCUAACUUCCUGUUGUUUCUGGAAGUGGAGCAUCACGUUGUGGCCUGUGAGAAGAAGAAGCCUCACAAUCAAACUCUUCAGUGGCUCUUCUUCAAAACGAAACAAAAGCAAAGUGGGACGUGACUCUAAUCCAGCGUUCGACGCUGAGCCGAAUUUAUAUCUUCUGGAGAUAUAAACCCACAGUGGCUUUUUAAUCCGAGUCCCAGUCCCGGAUUCUAAACAAGGUUUUUUCCGGGUGAAUCAGGGACAGAAUGACGUCCACCAGCGAUCAGCUGUUUCCUCCGUCACCUGUCACCUCAUGAACAGAUAAUGUCUUGAAAGUCAAACCUGUCACAGAUUGUCUUUCUGUGACUCUUCCUGCCUCUGGGCCAGUUGCAGCUUUUAGAAAUGUAUUUUUCUACCAAUCAAAAAACAGAAAGAAAAAAAAAUGUGUUGCCUUUUCUCUUUCGCUGCCUUUGUGAACGGGAAAACAUUCCUGAGUGUUGUUCCUCCAUAUUUGAAAAAAGUUUUACAGUGAACGACUCCAAAGAGAGUUUUUUAUUCCACCUUUAGAUUUGAUACCAAAAAUAUGUGUUUUUCCUGUGUAGUCGUGUCUUUGUACUAUCUUCGUUAAUUUAAGAAGCCAAUGCAAUGUGUACAUAUCCCUCCAGAAGAUAGUUGUCCUAUUUAAUUUUUCCCUCUGUAAAUAUUUUUUGUAUUUAUGAAAGAGAAUUGUAUAUAUGUCUAUGUUUAUCGUGCCUAAUGUCUCGAUCAGAAUCAAGAAAUAUAUUUUUUUCAUAAAUAAAUGAGAAAAAAACA